CGGAAAGCGGGUGAGGGGGGGAACAGUGUUCAAUGGCAUAGAGCGCGAGAGGAAUUAAGUGUUAAUUUGUUUUCAUGAACACAUUGGUGCUAUAAAGCAGAGUCGUGUAAGAUGAAGUGUGCACCUCUGCACCAUGACUUCAGUCCAGGAGACGUCGUGUUUGCCAAAAUGAAGGGUUAUCCUUUCUGGCCAGCCCGGAUUGCUGUUGGGAAGGCUCCGGGGAAUAAGAUCCCAAUCUUCUUUUAUGGAACACACCAGACAACAACUCUAUUUCCCAAGGACAUUGUGCAUUACUGGCCCAACAAAGAGAAACAUGGGAAGCUCAUCAAACGAGGAGGUUUUGAUCUGGCCAUGUGGGAGAUUGAAAAUAACCCAGGGGUUGGCCUCAAAGGUCAAAAGAAAGCUGAUAUGGUGAAGAAGGUGGAGGAGAUGCGGAGGAAGGCGAGGAAUGUGGUAAAGAAGAAUACUCGGAAGAAAAAUGAAACCAGCUCUCCCGCUAAUGCUGCAACUCCGAUAAAGAAUGAUAAAACGCCUGUAAAAAACACCACUCCGGAUAAACCGUCCACAGAGACGCAGAAUAGGAGACAGACGCCAAGCCAAAAGAGGGCAGUAACACCUUCAGAAAAAGUGACUUCUGCCACUCCAGUUUCUAAAAAAGCAACUCCUGUUGAUGGCACAACUCAAACUAAAAAACCCAUUCCACACAAAAAAGUCAUCCUGGCCAAAAAAGCAAUCAUUUCAAAGACAGCAAGUGUAGUGAAGAACAAGGACGCUGCCAGGAUGAAGAUUCUUACAAAAGCAAAGAUGGCUAAAGCCAAAAAGACAACAAGGACUAAGCUGCCAGUCAGAGUAGAAGAGAAUAAGCCAAACCUAGAGAAGCGGCGCCAUACAGCAGAGACUCCACUCCGGACAUCCAAGGGUUGGGUAAAGGUCACAGAUCCACAGAUACAGAACCCUGAGACUCUGCCCCAGAAAUCCAAGGGUUGGGUAAAGGUCACAGAUCCACAUUUACAGAACCCUAAGACUGGGCCCCGGAAAUCCAAGGGUUGGGUGAAGGUCACAGAUUCCCAGUUACAGAACCCUGAGACUCGGCCCCGGACAUCCAAGGGUUGGGUAAAGGUCGCAGAUCCACAGUUACAAAACCCUGAGACUCGGCCUCGUAAAUCCAUGGGUUGGGUAAAGGUCGCAGAUCCACAGUUACAGGACCCUGAGACUCGGCCUCGUAAAUCCAUGGGUUGGGUAAAGCUCGCAGAUCCACCAUUACAGAACCCUGAGACUAGGUCCAAAACCACAGAGACUAGACCCCGAGCCCCAGAGACUCGGCCCCGGCGCUCCAGGGGUUGGGUAAAAGUCACAGAUGCAGAGUUACAGAUCCCUGAGCCUCAACUCCGAACCCCAGACACUAAGCCCCAGAAUUUCAAGGGUUGGGUGAAGGUCACAGAUCCAAAGUUAAAGAACCCUGAGACUCGGCUUCGGAGCUCCAAGGGUUGGGUAAAAGUUCCAGAUCCACCAUUAAAGAUCCCAGAGUCUCAGCUACAGACCCCGAAGCCUCGACCCCGGAAUUCAAAGAGAUGGGUGCAGGACACGAAGCCACAUGUGCAGGGCACAGAGCCACAUGUGCAGGACACAGAGCCACGGGUGCAGGACACAGAGCCACAGCUACAGAACACUGAAAUUCAGCUCCAAACUCCAGAGACUGGGCUCCAGACUCCAGAGACUCAGCUCCAAACUUUCAAUACUCGGUUACGGAGAUCAGGGACUCUGCUUCAGAAUACCAACACGUUGAAGAAGGUCACAGGGCAACAGCCGCAGACUCAGCUCAGAACUCCAGAGCCUCAGCUUGAGACCACAGAGCCUCGGCUUCGAGCCUGUGAGACUCGGCUCAGCACAACAGAGACUUCCCUCCAAACCCCAGAGACUCGGCUCGGGAAUAGCAAGAAUUACUUGAAGGUCACAGUGCCAUGCCAACAUAGCCAAGAGGCCCGGCUCCAAACUCCAGAGACAGAACUAAAAACCCCAGAUAUUCAGCAGAGGGUAACAGAAAGACAUAUGCAACCCUCAGAGCCACGGCUCCAGAACCCAGGCACGCGGAUCCUAAAACCCAAGACUUGGCUGAGGGUUACAGUGCCUCGGCUCCAGAGCUCUGAGACUCUCCACCAGAGUUCUGAGACUCGCCUCCGCAACCCAGAGAUUCGGCUUCAAAACCUCAAAGUCUCAGCCUUAGAAUGCAAAUACUUAGCUCUCAAACCUCAAGAUGACUCUCCAGUUGAACCCCACGUUGCUACCCAUGAAUACAGGAAUGCAGUACCUGGAAUCCCAGGUGCAACUUCAGUGAAACCCAAAGUCACUGCUCCUGUUGAGCCCCAAGGUGCUGCUCCUGUUGAGCCCCAAGGUGCUGCUCCUGAUGAGCCCCAAGGUGCUGUUCUUGUUGGGUCGCAAGGUUUUGCUCUUAUUGAGGGGCCAACAAGGAAACGGGAAGAAGAAAGUGAGGGAGAACGGAGAGUGCUGAGGCGGAGGACAGAAGAGCAGAAGGAUAGAAAGGAAAAGGGUCAGAAGAAAGAGACUGAGAAGAAACAGACAGAUGAUGAAUGGAAGAAUAGAGAAGGGCGAAGGAAGAAGGAGGAGAUUACUCCAGCUAUCGCUGAUAUUGUCUCCAGCCCUGCAGCCUCGAAACAACAGGAUGAGAAUCCCUGCCUCUCAGAGCCAGAAUUCAGUAAGGUAGGAAAGAGAAAAAGGCAAGAGGUGGACGAGGGAGGCCGGAGAGUUCUGAGAUUGAGGACCGGAGAGCAGAAUGGAAAAAGGGAUGCAGACGAGAAGAAGGAAAAGAAUUCACCAGAGGUUGAGUGGAACACUGGAGAGAAGGUGGGGGGAAAGGAGUACAUUGGUGAGAAGAGGAAGAGAGAGGGGGAGGAGAAGAGAGUGGAGGAAAUGGGGGAGAGAAAGAAGAAGCAGAAGAAUGAAGAAGCAGUAGAGAAGGUGACUAGGAAAAUGAGAGAGGAGGAGAUUGAUAAGAAGAAAAAAGGAGAGGAGGGGACAGAGGAGAAGGAGAAGAAAGUGAAGGAGACAAUGGAGGAGAAGAAGAAGAAGAGGAGGAACAAAGAUGUAGCAGAAAAGGUGACUGAGAAGAAGAAAGAGGAGAUGGAGAGUAAGAAGAAGAGAGAGGAGGAGACAAGGGAAGUGGAGAAGAAGCAGAGGAACAAAAAUGCAGUAGAGAAGACUGUGAAGAGGAGAAAUGAGGAGACUGAGAAAAAAGGAGAAGACGAGGUGAGGGAGAAGAAGCAGAGAGAGGAAGAGACGAGGGAGAAGAAGCAGGGAGAGGAAGAGACGAGGGAGAAGAAGCAGGGAGAGGAAGAGACGAGGGAGAAGAAGCAGGGAGAGGAAGAGACGAGGGAGAAGAAGCAGGGAGUGGAGGAGACGAGGGAGAAGAAGCAGGGAGUGGAGGAGACGAGGGAGAAGAAGCAGGGAGUGGAGGAGACGAGGGAGAAGAAGCAGGGAGUGGAGGAGACGAGGGAGAAGAAGCAGGGAGUGGAGGAGACGAGGGAGAAGAAGCAGGGAGUGGAGGAGACGAGGGAGAAGAAGCAGGGAAAGCAGGAGACGAGGGAGAAGAAUGAGGAGACGAGGGAGAAGAAGCAGCUGGAUGACAAGCAGAGGAACAAAGAUUUAGGAGAUCAGAAAAUAAAUAAAAAAGAGGAAAAGACAGAAGAAAAGAAGAAUAAAGAAGAAGAGGAGAAGGGAGAGGAGGAGCUGGAGUCCACAAAACAAAAGGAAUUGGAGGAUGAAAAGAGGAAGCAAAGGAGUAAAAUGUUGGCAGAGAAGAGGACGAGUGUUUUAAAGUCUCUUCAGGGGUUGGUCACAUCCACCAAAAGCAGAAAGCAGAGUCAGGCCACAAACCAAGCGGAGACUCACGAAAAGAGCGACGGAAAAGCGACAGAAACAGAGAUGAGUGGAGAGAUGGAGCAGACAGAGGAGCAGAGUAAACAUAACGGAGAAGAGGACAGAUUGGACAAACGAAGAGUGUGUGUGUGUGUUUCAGCUCCUGCAUUGUCAGUCACAGACUCUCUGCUGUACAGACUGCAUGGUGAUAUCAGGAUUUCCAUGACCCUUGAAAAGCCUGAUGUGAAUAAGUGUUUGUUGGCGUUGGAUGAGUUGAGUUCUGUGUCUGUUUCCUCUCGACACAUUCAGAACCACAGUGAGCUCAUGGACACACUCCGAAAGAUGCGGUGGUUCCGGGGGAGUGAGGCGAUCAUGUUUAAAGCAUCCAUGCUGUACUACCGCUUUAAGAACAUUUAUCUGAUCGGAGAACCGGAGGACACACUCAGCCCUGAAUACAUCCACUCACUGCAGGAGGAGAGAGAGAGACAGGAGGAGCAACACACACCUCAGACUGCUGCUGCUGAGGAGAACCAUACACACACCAGCAAUAUCAUCCAGCACAGUGACUGUGCAACAAAGACAAGCUGAAACACAUAUACACACGUCUGGAGUUCUUUAUGGCUGUCCAGAUGUUAAUCGGUGCUCCAUGAUGAUCAACAAUAAGCUUAGUAUCUCUUACACACACAGUACACACUUCUCCUGUUGACUUUGAGAAGAUCAGAGGAAGAGUUUGAACAGAAUGCUAACCUGCUAACAGCGACCUGAUUAGAUUUAUGCACACAGAAUCAUGAUCAAGAAUGACCAGCCUUCAUUCGCUGUUAGCGGUGUUGGCAUGCUCAUUUUCGUUAUACCUCUGUAAUCAUGAUGAUCUGCAAUGAUAAUGUUUGUUGUCGUUUCUGCCGGUCCACAUGCCAGCAGGGACACACGCUAACCCUGCUCCGGACAGCUGGACUCUGUCUCAUUUGCAGCAUUAAGAGCCAUUUCCUUUAGGGGGUUUCCUGUGUUUCUGUUUUAGACAUUCAUUGUAUACAGUGUUUUAUCUUAAAUGUGCUUUAUAUUUAAAUCUGCUGCGCUAGUCACUACUGAUUGGCUGAGUGGACAAACACACACACACACACACUCACUCUUAUUUUCGUUUCGGUGUGUCCUGAGAUGAACACACUAACAUUUUAUCAGUAUUACAGCAUUAUUGUAUUCUCCUGAUCUAAAACCAUAGUGAGUGGAGGAGAGGAAAAGCACCUAACUCUCAUUGCUGUACAUAUCCUCAAACAUUUGACAGACAGACACACACAAUGUUAAAUGUGUGUUGACGUUAUAACCUCACUCUGUAGCGCCCUCUUAUUCCCCGGAUUAUUACUUCAUUCGGUCGUUUCGACUCCUUUUUAACACGUUCAGCAUUCCAGAGACGCAUCAGAUCUCGCAAACCGGUACCACUACAGCAGCUGUUUCCCUUUUCUUUACCUUCUCUUUUACAUGAGUCCUGCAGUAUGUUCUAAAGUACACAGCCUUCAUAAAGUGUAUAUUAAACAUUACAGAUACUAAAACUAGACACCUUUAUAAGCAUGCCGUGUUCCAGUAACAAUGGGAUGUGAUUAAGUGAACUCUCGUCCAAAACCACUGUGCGUGUGAGUGCAUGUGUGUACGUGAGUGCAUGUGUUUCAGAAUGUGUGUUUGUGUGAGAGUGACAGUGUUCUCUGAAGUGGAUGAGGGUGUGUUUGAAGGUGCAUUAAGUGAGAUUAAUAGUUAAGUAGCAGGAUUCAGUGUGCACGUAUUCCAGGUAAUUUGUACAAGACGUUUUUAAAAAUGGAUUACUGCGCCUUUAAGAUACGAGUCAGAUUCUGAGAUUUAUAAGUUCUGAGAUACACUCAGUGUGUUUAUUCUGAAUCUGCCAUACACACCUACACAUGUAAUCAUUAAACUGUUUUCAGGAUUUUAAAAUUGUUUCUGUAUAUAGUUCUGUUUGAUUGUGUGUGUGUGUUUCUCACACUGUAAAUCCAUAUUGUUUCUGCUCAUUGUGAAUAAAAUGGGAAAAAAAAAAAACUAGUUU